GGAUUCUCCCGGUGUAGCCCUAAUCGUAUUAUAUCCUGUUUGUCCAUCUGCCUGUCUCUUUGAAGAGAUCUCUGCCUGGCAGAUUAACCAAAGGCAAGGAGGACUGGUCUUACCUCCUUUCUGAGUGCUGCCAUUCACAGGACCUCUGGGACAGACUGCAGCCCAAGCCCCCUCUGCUACCCUGUUUACCCCAGACAUCUUUCUGGGGUCCACUUGAGGUCAUCAGCGUGAAGAUGAACAGUACCUUCUUAGCAUGACGACCUUGGACCAUGUCAUUGCCACCCACCAGUCAGAGUGGGUCUCCUUCAGUGAAGAGCCAUUGUUCCCCACCCCUUUAGAGGGGGGCACUGAAGAGCACUUCCCAGGACUGUCAUCUUCCUCAGAGCAGUCUGAGUGCUCCUCUGGUGAGAAUCAUGCAGUGGAUGAAGGCUCCCAGGACCUUUCACACUCUGAGCAGGAUGACUCCUCUGAAAAGAUGGGCCUCAUCUCUGAAGCCGCCUCCCCUCCGGGGAGCCCUGUGCAGCCCACACCUGACCUGGCGUCAGCCAUCAGCAACUGGGUCCAGUUUGAAGAUGACACACCAUGGAGCAGCACCUCACCACCUCACAAGGAAACAGCCCUCACAUUGACCAUGCCCUGCUGGACAUGCCCUUCCUUCGACUCUUUGAAAAGAUGCCCUUUGACUUCGGAGAGCAGUUGGACCACGCAUUCCGAGGACACCAGCAGUCCUAGUGUUGCUCCUUCAUAUGCAGACCUGCAGCUCCUCAACGCUGAGGAGCAGGCAAGCGGCAGGGCUUCCAGGACCGACUCCACUGACAAUUCCUCCUCCCUUCAGGAAGAUGAAGAAGGAGAAAUGGAGGCUAUGAGUUGGGCAGGCAGUCCAGCCAUGAAUGGGCAUCCUGCCGCUCCACCAGUGACUACAGCACGUUUCCCCAGCUGGGUCACUUUUGAAGACAAUGAAGUCGGCUGCCCUUCGCUUCCAGUCCCCUCUCCAAAGAAGCCAAAUACCCCAUCUGUUGCAACUGCCAUCCCAGAUGCACCUUUCAACUCAACUGGGUCAUUUAAGAGGGACCGUCCCAAGAGCACGUUGAUGAACUUAUCCAAAGUUCAAAAGCUAGACAUUUCUUCCUUGAACCAUCCACCUUCUGUAAUUGAGGCCCCACCCUGGAGGGCCACCAAUCCUUUCCUGAAUGAGACUCUGCAGGACAUACAGCCCUCGCCUAUCAACCCGUUCAGUGCUUUCUUUGAAGAGCAGGAACGGCGCUCCCAAAACAGUUCCAUCUCCAGUACCACGGGCAAAAGCCAAAGAGAUUCUCUGAUUGUCGUCUACCAGGACGCCAUCAGCUUUGAUGAUUCAGGGAACAGCCAACCGCACUCCCACCCUGACGCUAUCGAAAAGCUCAAACAACUCCAAAUCGACGAUCCUGAUCCGGUUGACAACACAGCCUUGCCCGACGACGACCCCACGGCCUCGGUUGAACUGAAUGCUCCCUCACCUGCCUCAGCGCUCUCUCAACCCAGGGAUGGAUGGCCAAUGAUGCUGCGAAUCCCCGAGAAGAAAAACAUCAUGUCCUCUAGGCACUGGGGACCAAUCUACAUCAAGCUGACGGACAGCGGUUACCUGCAGCUCUAUUACGAGCAAGGCCUAGAAAAGCCGUUCCGGGAAUUCAAGCUGGAGAUCUGCCACGAGGUGUCGGAACCCCGCCUCCAAAACUAUGACGAGAACGGGAGGAUCCACAGCUUGAGGAUAGACCGGGUCAUUUACAAGGAGAAGAAGAAAUACCAGCCCAAACCUGCGGUGGCCCACGCAGCGGAACGGGAACAGGUAAUUAAGCUGGGCACCACCAACUACAACGACUUCCUGAGCUUCAUCCGUGCGGUUCAGGAUCGUCUCAUGGAUUUGCCAGUGCUGUCAAUGGACCUGAGCACGGUUGGCUUAAACUACCUCGAAGAGGAGAUUACGGUGGACGUCAGAGAUGAGUUCUCUGGCACAGUAAGCAAAGGAGACAACCAGAUUCUGCAGCACCAUGUUUUGACACGGAUCCACAUACUGAGUUUCCUCUCUGGGCUCGCCGAGUGCCGCUUGGGCCUCAAUGACAUCCUUAUCAAAGGGAACGAAAUCGUCUCCCGGCAGGACAUCAUGCCCACCACCACUACAAAGUGGAUCAAGCUCCACGAAUGCCGCUUCCACGGGUGCGUGGACGAGGACGUGUUUAACAGUUCCCGGGUUAUUCUGUUCAACCCUUUGGAUGCGUGCAGGUUUGAGCUGAUGAGGUUUAGGACAGUAUUUGCUGAGAAGACCUUGCCCUUCACACUCAGGACAGCGGCGAGCAUUAACGGGGCAGAAGUGGAGGUGCAGAGCUGGCUGAGGAUGUCUCCCGGCUUCUCUUCUAACCGUGACCCUCUCACUCAGGUCCCCUGUGAGAACGUAAUGGUCCGCUACCCAGUGCCCAGUGAGUGGGUGAAAAACUUCCGCAGGGAAAGCGUUCUAGGGGAAAAGUCUUUGAAAGCCAAAGUGAACCGGGGGGCAAGCUUUGGCUCUGCUGGUGUCUCUGGCUCUGAGCCCGUCAUGAGAGUAACUCUAGGAACGGCCAAGUAUGAGCACGCCUUCAACUCCAUUGUGUGGAGGAUAAACCGGCUGCCAGACAAGAACUCAGCUUCUGGCCACCCACACUGUUUCUUUUGCCACCUUGAACUUGGCUCUGACCGGGAAGUGCCUUCCAGAUUUGCCAAUUAUGUAAACGUCGAGUUCAGCAUGCCCACGACUUCUGCCUCCAAAGCAGCUGUGAGAUCCAUCUCUGUGGAAGACAAGGCUGAUGUCAGGAAGUGGGUCAAUUAUUCUGCACACUACAGCUACAAGGUGGAAAUUGAACAAAAAAAGAGUUUGAAGCCAGACUUUGAGGGAGAGGACUUGGAAAACCCAAAGGAAUGUGGGGUUCAGUGACAGUGCCCCCCACCCCAAGGAACUGAGAAAUGCUAACUCACAACCAGGCAUCUUCCGGAACAACUCAAGUUUAAGCCAACACCUGCUGUGGCUGCUCCAUGUUGGGGGCAGCCUGCCUCUGUUUCCUGUGUGUCAUUCUCUGUGGCCACAGGAAAUGCUGAGGAAGCUGCCUUCAGUUGGCUCCUUGACACUGAGCGUACCUGAAGCACGGGCCCUCCUGGCUUCUGGAGUUUACUAUCCAUUGGGCCUCCUUGUCUCUUUUCUGCUUGUAUCAUGGCACUGUGUGUGCUCUGUGGUGACGAUCAGAGACUCAAAAAGAACCUCCAGCAUCAGUGUUGGCACAAUUUGCCCCCAGGACUCACAUGUCACUUGUAAGUUUCUGGAAAAAAAAAAGGCAUUGGAAAUGUAUUAAGCAUCCGUCUCUGUUGCUCCCUCUGUGAAAGUUCCAAAGAAUUCCAAAGCCAGUUCUUUGGGCCUGCUUUUCCGGAUGCCUCCAUGUUGGCAUUCUGCAGCAGAGGUUAUCCAAAUGUUUCCCUUCUGAUUCUGGAUUGUUCAAGAUCAGAAUACUCUUUCAACUUCUCUUCCAUUUGCUAUCUUAAAUUAUGGUGCACAAUGGCAAAAGCCCUAUCCGGUAUUUUCAAAUUUAGAUUUUAGAGCUUAAUUCUACAAAUGGACUGAAUUGGAUUCACAGUCUGUUGGGAAAAAAACAAACAAACAAACGCCCUUAUUUUUCUUCCUUUGAAGGAAAAGUGGCAUUAAAUGUAAGCUUAUAUUCAGUUUGGAAGACAGCUUCAAUCAUAAAAUAUGAUUCUCACUGGUCACUUUUAACACAUGGCUGUAAUUCUAUGUGUGUAGAAGAGACACCUGGAAGUUCUUUUUAUACCUCAUACACAAUGACUGUUACACAUCUCUUCCCUCAAAAUUUAGAGUAAAUUUAAGCUAAGACGAUCUUUGUAAAAGCUGAGUUUGAAUGAGCUUUAGCCCAAAUUCCAAGGUUGGUAGUUACAGUAUUGUGAAAGUUCAAAAGACACCAGGUGGUAAUAGCGCACACCUUUAAUCCCAGCACUUGGAAGGCAGAGGCAAGUGACUCUCUGAGUUCCAGGUCAGCCUGGCCUACAGAGUGAGUUCCAGGACAGCCAGGGCUGCAGAGAGAAAUCCUGUCUUGAAAAACCAAAACCAAAAUGAAACAAAAAGGCAGAAGGCUCCAGCGUAUGCUGGGGAGAGCCAGUCUCCCAGUGUCAUGAACAUGAAACCAUGAUUCCAAGACUCAAGCUGCCUCCUUUUCCCUUCCGUGUUCCUACCCCGCCCCCUGCUUAUUUUUACUCUGGUAAAUUCUCUCAUGAAGAAACAAGUGAGCGGACAGAAUGCAUAUUUUAUCAGACUUGGGGAAUAAAUGGAAAAUACCUGCAGUUUGAGACUAAGUGAUACAAGUUUUGUUUUUUUUUUCCAGCUCAUAUUUAGUGAGCUAUGUACUGACUUAAGUAGAAAUCACUGCAGUGUUUUGAACCAUGUGUUUAAUUCUCUAAGCAUUAGAUUGAAAAGAACAAGGUGCUUAGGCCUAGAUGAGAAGACCUGUAUUUUGAAUUUUUCAAAUUUUAGCACAGAGGGGUGUGUGUGUGUGUGUGUGUAUGUGUGUUGAUGAGAACUAGGGAGACUUGAGAUUAUAGCAGUCCAUAAAGAAAUGUUUUCUUGAGUUCAGUUUUGAACCAGGAAUGGGUCACGGCUCUUCACAAAGCUAAUGCCAUCCAUCUGUGGUGGUAGGUCUUUAACAGCUGGGCAUGACGCAUUGGCCAGCACAUGCCUGAAUGGAAGAUUACAUUCAAGUAUAGCUAGGGGAGACAUUAAUAAGUUGACCGCAUGCACAGGCAGGUGACCAGGGUUGUAAAGAUCCUGGUUAUGUAAGGAUCAGGGGGGCAGCUCUCCUGCAGAACAGAGGGCAUAGCUGGGAAAGGCGUGCAGGGAAGCUGGGAAACAAAGUCAUGGCCAAUAGCCAACUGAAGGUUUCUGCUGAGCUAUAAAAAUAGAGAGGAGUUAGCUUUGUUUUGCAUAACCUCAAAGGCAAAAAGAAAUGGGAACAGAAGAGAACUUUACAGAUGACAGAUGUUUGCUCAAUAUAAGAAUCUUCUAGGAAGGAAGUAUUCUAAACAAGAAAGGGUCAAGUAAAAUUUCCUGCUGCAGCAAACACCCAAAGGCCACUUUUCCCAGGUCCGACAGAAGAGACUGUCAUGUAAGAUGACAGGAAAGAUCUUUUUUAAACAGUCUUGAUAGGAAUGAGGCCGUCUACCUCCAGACAGUCUUUCCUCUGUGUUUGUUUGUUUGUUUGUUUGUUUGGUGCUGUUAGAGGGCGGUGGAGUUCUCAAGAAGAACUUGGUCAAAAAGCCCAUGUCAUGUCCACUGUAGGGCUAAAGGUCUUGAAAGUCUCAGAUGACCAACGGCCUGGGGAGUUGGCAGGAUGGGUGCCGGUCAUCCCUGGCUUAGCAGCAUGUCAGGGGCCCGCCUGGGCUGCUAACAUGCACAACACCUGUGUUGUCUUGUCCCUGCCACCCCCUUGGUUUUCUUCCUGCCUUGGUGCUUUACCUGGACUUUUUAAGUAUAUACUACCCUCUUGGUUCCAUCAAAUUUGGCCCUCCUCUACUCUCCUUAAAGUCAUUAUGGAUAAUAUGUAGGGAGUUGACAUGUAGUUCGCGGCUUACUGAUAACCUACCUAAAAAACGUAGUUAGGCAAAUUGCUCUUUUGAUUUUGCAGAAUGUGCGCUUGCCACAGCGGUCCUUGAUUUUUAUUUUUCCGUGGUUACAAAAAAAAAAAACCCAAAUCUGUGUUAUCAAUAACAUAAAAAUAUGAAAAGUGGAUUGGUUUUUACCAAUACAAUUAGAACAUAUUAGUUGUCACAUAGUAUCAAAAACUAUUUUUGAGUCUAGGGCUUCUAUUUCAACUUAACCGUGAAACAGGACACAAAAAUAAAUACUCAUUCUAAUAUAUCAGACAAGAGGUCUGGUUGUGUAGCUCAGUGGUAGAGAACUUGCCUAGCAUGCACGAGGUCCUGGGUUCAACCCCCAGUGCCACAGAAACAACAGAAAGGAGUGGCAGAUAUUUAAAGGACAGAUCCCUGAGGCCCCUCUUGUUGACAUACAUAGUACUAGGUAUUCCUUAGGAAAACUUAGCCAUUUCUUCCUUGCUCUCUGGACUGCCUUUUAGGCCUGCUUCCUCAUCUACCCGAGCCCUCCCCAUGUUUACUGUGAGGGCUUAUUGUCACGAGUGUUCCUUAAUUUAAAAGACUUCUUAUUUGAAGUGAGACUAAUCUCUGUGUAGAAACAUAGUUGGAAUCAGGAGUCUAUAUCCCUAGAAGCUCUGUUCCUGAGACGUGACACACGAUGAUGAGCAAGAGUCUAUUUUAUUCAUUGUGAUUCAAAUGCCUGCGACAAGUAUGAGCCACAGCAGGGCUCAGCCACUCUAAAUACCUCUAAAUCAAAGACACUCAUUAAAUCAAUGGAAAUUAUUGACACUUUGACUCAGAGACUACUGAUCCUCUGCUUCCAGCUAGCAAGCCGCAUUUAUUUUCUGGAAGACUUAAAUAAUGAUUUUGCUCUGCUUUGAUUCCUGCCUCCAGUGUCAUCCAAGUGUCAGGAUGGUGGCACUUAAUGUGCUGCUGAGUCUGACCUACAGUGUCACUUAUUCAUAUCAAGAAACACUUCUACUCUACACCGAGAGUUGCGGAGUCCCAGGUACUAUUGACAGUUACACUAUUGAUGCAGUUUUAUUGCUGCCAGUCAAAAAGACCUGUGAGCCUCUGCCUCGAUCGAGACAGUGACUCGUGGAAGAUGCCCUCACAUCUGAUGGAGUGUGCAGCCUGUCCUGCUGGGUCAGGUCUUUGUCCUCCCUUAACCACGGACCAAUGCUGGGGCUCACAGGUAAAAUCAUGAUUUUGAAGCUGAUUUAUAUUUUUGUCAUCAAUUUAAGGGUAGAAAAACAAGAAAAUGAGGGGUUUUUUUUCUGCCUUAAAAGUCUUAGGAAUUAAUUGCUAUGAGUAGGAAGCACUACCAUCCAACAUACUUUGAUAAAUUCCCCUGGUAAAAAGGUGGUAAAUUUAUCUCUUGUACGAAUGGUUGGCUCAAAUUAAUCCUAGCACGUCUGAAGUUGAGAUUGUGAUAAGAUUAGACUGUGAUAGAGAAUCCAAUCAGAAUUAACAAACAACUAAGUAAAAAUAUACCAUCUAGUAAAUGAAUCUUGUGUUAACACUUCACGACCACUACCAUGACAGCAUUUUAUAUAAAAUUGGUCAGUAUAUUGCCUCUAUGGUUCUGAUGGAUGUUUUCUAAACAUGACCAGUGUGGCUUUGCCAAUUCCUUACAAAUCACCACAUUUUAAUUCUGCUCUUUGGAAAUGAGAUUGGCUUUAGAUAGUCUCAUUAGUGAUUGUGUAUUAAGGGGAUUAAGAGUGAAGGAGAUACAGGAGGGCAAAUCUUAAGUGUAGGAACAAAUGCAUGUGUUAGUGAUAUCCUUAUGGCUGCCUAACCAAAGGCAUGGGAGUUUUCUAUUUCUUCUAGUGUGCCUUAGCCGAUUUGCUAAUGAAAGUCCAGUCCUGUACUGUUAAAAGGGAGUUUGGGGGGAGCAUGCAUAUAUCAACUUGCAAAUGCCAAGCCAUAAAGAUAGAAAAUGUCAGUAGUACUAUGUUCUGCAAAACCUGGAAAGGUGCAAAUAAAAACUGGACAUAAUGAAAAGCUACUAAACAACAGACUAAAGAAAAUAUAACUUCAGUAUGGAAGGAGUUGGAAAAUAUCCAGCAUUGGACACCAAAAUUUAAUAUAACCUGGACUGGAGGCUGUCUCUUAAAGUAAGAAGCUAUAGGAAAGAAGGGGGCAUCGCAGCGGCAGACAGCAGAGGUCUUCUGCUCUGCCAGGAUUGCUCAAGUGCUGUUUAAGGUACUGCUAGCAGCCAGCUUCCCUGUGAGGGCCAAGAGACCUCACACUAAGAUGUUGAAGAUAGCUGUUAGUAGUCAUGCUGUGACAGCUUCUGUGACUGUUUAAGGGAACAUGGAGUCAGUUACUAUUGCUGACUGACCUGUCUUAGUUUCCAGAGACAAGAGAGAGAGCACUGUGCUUUUUUUUCCUUCAGGUUGUCUGUUUUCCCAGCAAUGGUUUUAUGGGUUGUUUCACAAAAUAUCCUUUCCUGCCACGUUUUGUUGAUAUUCCGUGUCAAUAUGAUUCUUACGUUCAAGAACCAAGAAGUUUAAAAUAGGAAAGUGGAGGAGACCAGCAAGUUUAUCUUUCUCCUGCUCAGCUCCCCUCCAAUCCCCCUUCCCACUGCUCAGAUGAUGGAAAUGAACAGAAGCCCCCAAUCCUCUGGUCUGCUGCUGACUUCAGAAUACCAGUUGAAUAUGAAGGUCAAAUGGCAGUCUCCCAAGUGGAUACUGAGGUGUGAAUACCUCAAUGAAGGUCCAACUCUCCAAGUUAAAGGUGUUGGGUUGUAGGAUGCUGUAUUGGUCUGGGAUCUAUAGAGAUAGUCUUUCAUGAGAAAGACCAUAGGACAGAGGGGGAAACAGAAACUAAUCUGGAGCCAUCUGCAAUUAUAGCAAAGCCAAAUGAGAAAAAAGGCCAGUUACUGUACAUAAAAAUGUACUUAUUUUUUUUCUUAAUAGCUUCUCUGUGUGGUGUGUUUGAAUAUGCUUUUAGUUUAUUUGGGGGGGCUUACACUUACUCAGAUAGACUAGAUCAGUUCUAACUGGUCAGAUGGAGUUCCUUCAUCCUUUCCUGGUUCAUUCCCAUGUUCUGCCUCAAAUGAAACCCCAGUUCUCACUGUGGACACUAGCCACACUGUGGCUAAAGCCUUAAGCACCACCAUUGCUCAUGCCCGUGUGCUUAUAGGGAGGCUCAACAGCAACAGUCCUGUGAACACAGACGAACCCCUAGCUCCCAACAGCAGCCUGUUGGAUUUAAGGGUCUCCAAGGAUGCUGCAUGAGUGCCACGAAUCCCUCUCCCCUUCAGCCAGCAUCUGUUUAUCUUUUAUGGUCACUUACCAACAGAAACUGGACAACCCUUUGCCAUAUUCAGAAGGUGAAUCAGGAUCAGUGUUUGAGACAGAGGAUCAUCCCUCCUCACCCUCCAUUUGUGUAAGGUCCAUAUGAAUUUCAGUGUGUCAGUGGUUGAACCUAGGAGCCAGUGGAUGCCUUGACAGUUCUGAGGCUCGUAUUUCCUGUCAUUUGUCAUUCAUCCUCACUCAGUGUAACUUCUUGCACUAUUGUGGCUCAUUUUAUGUAAAACCAGUUAACUUUAAAAAGAAUGUGCCUAUGUAAUAAAGUCUACACACUGGCUCUUUCUGUAGUGGUGAUGUUUUGUUUUAGAUGUUUUGCUGAAUAAUCUGUAAUAUUUUGGGGGGGAGAGCUAUGAAAAGGAAGUAUUAAUAAAAAAUUUAAGCAAA